AUGGCAGUUCCUGCAUAUGAAUUCAAGCCUGCGAAGUUGUUCUCAACCGAAGCCCCAGUUCCGUCUCUCCCACCACAACCUGGUUUGUUCUGGAAUCCAGACCCAGAUUCUAACCCAAUCCUGCCAACCACCACGCCCAUGACCCAUCCGUCCACCCCAUCUGCUGCCGCCGCACCGUCCGGUGUAACUGGCAACGCAGAACUUCUUCUCGGAUUGCUGCGUCAAAUUGGAAUGCCAUCUCCGGUCAAGGGACCAACCUCGCGCACGGUUCUUCACCUGGAGAACACAAAACUCCGUAGCAUUCUCAAAGCAGCCAAUAUUCAACUGCAGCAGGAUCAGGCACAGAGGAUGCUUUUGGAGUUGGAAAAUAAGAAGUUGCGCGAGCUCUCUUUUGCGAAGAAGAAUCGAGGAAAGCACAAAUAUAUCACGGGAGGGGUGCGUCUGCUUACACCGGAGGAGACGCUGCGAGAAGAGAUCAAACAGGAAUGGGCGCUCGUGUUCACCCAACUGGGUCGACUUCUGAACCACGUUGAGAAAUGGAUGUCUGAGAACAGUCGAGAGCAUACUGGCUUUUUGAGCAUCCCACCACCACACAACUUUGAUUGGAGCGCAGAGCAGGCCCAUUCUGAAUGGCUCAAUGCAGCGCUGGCUCGGAAGCUUUGGUGCCCACGUAGUUGA